AAUUAUUCUUCGGUUUUGAAAAAUUAGAUGAGUUUUUGUGCUUUCUGUUGCUGUUAGGUUUCUAGGGUUAGUUUAGUUGUGACAUGAUUAGCCUAAUUUUGGAGAGAUUAAGGGGGAUGAAAAAUUCAAAUUGAAUUCCGUUGCUGUGUGAAUUGUUCAACUUUUCUUCGUUCUUCUUAUAAUGGAAAAUGCUACUACUAAUAGAAGAUGAGUUAUGGCUUCAGUAUAAGUGCUAGGUGCUUUUGUGUUUCAUGUUUUGGGCAAGUGUUUUCAAUAUGUAGGAACAAAAGAAGCGGUAUAAGCGGUGGAUCUUGCUUUAUUGCCAGAGGAACAAGUUUUGAACGGGAAUCAACCUGAUAUGGAUGAUUUUGCGGCAUGUGAAAAUCAAGACGAAGAGGCUGUUGCAAUGGUUGAGGAAUCCCCUUCAGGUGAUGAAGCUGGGACCAGUGUUGAUUCAAACUGGAGCAUGGAUUGCACUUCAGUUGUGAGAGUUAAAACACUGCAUAUCAGUUCUCCUAUUUUGGCUGCUAAAAGCCCCUUCUUCUAUAAGCUUUUCUCAAAUGGGAUGAAGGAAUCAGAGGAGAGGCAUGUUACCUUAAGAAUUAACGCAUCUGAAGAAGCAGCUCUCAUCCAGUUACUGAAUUUUAUGUACAGUAGCACUUUGACCAAUACUUCAGCACCCGAUGUGCUGGAUGUGUUGAUGGCUGCUGAUAAAUUUCAAGUUGCGUCAUGCAUGAGAUAUUGUAGCAGGUUAUUGCGGAAUAUGCCCAUGACACCUGACUCUGCAUUGCUCUACCUAGAGCUUCCAUCUAGUGUCUUAAUGGCUGAUGCAGUCCAACCAUUGACUGAUGCAGCAAAGCAGUUUCUUGCUGGUCGAUACAAGGAUAUAAGCAAAUAUCAAGAAGAGGUUAUGGCCUUGCCAUUGGCUGGAAUAGAAGCUAUAUUGUCUAGUGAUGAUCUCCAAGUUGCAUCUGAAGAUGCUGUAUAUGAUUUUGUGUUGAAGUGGGCUCGAAAUCAGUACAGCAAACUGGAAGAAAGGCGGGAGGUUCUGGGUGCACGGUUGGCACGUUUGAUUCGCUUCCCUUACAUGACCUGCCGAAAACUAAAGAAGGUCUUAACCUGUAAUGACUUUGAUCAUGAGGUUGCAUCCAAGCUUGUAGUUGAGGCACUAUUUUUCAAGGCCGAGGCUCCACACCGGCAACGAUCGCUGGCAGCAGAAGAGUCUGCCUCGUUGAACCGCCGUUUUGUUGAGCGGGCAUACAAAUAUCGCCCAGUUAAGGUGGUAGAAUUUGAACUUCCCCGUCAGCAGUGUAUUGUGUACUUGGAUUUGAAGCGGGAGGAAUGUGCCAAUUUGUUCCCAUCCGGCCGGGUUUAUUCUCAAGCGUUCCAUUUGGGGGGACAAGGGUUUUUCUUGUCAGCACAUUGCAACAUGGAUCAGCAGAGUUCUUUCCAUUGCUUUGGGCUGUUCUUGGGAAUGCAGGAAAAGGGUUCUGUUAGCUUCACUGUCGACUAUGAAUUUGCAGCGAGGUCUAGGCCCACAGAGGAAUUUGUUAGCAAGUACAAAGGCAACUACACAUUCACAGGAGGAAAGGCCGUCGGGUAUAGAAACUUGUUUGCCAUUCCGUGGACAUCGUUCAUGGCCGAGGAUUGCCUUUAUUUCAUCAAUGGUGUCCUACAUCUUAGAGCGGAGCUCACUAUCAGACAUUGAGUCCUUCCUUUUAUUUAAUAAUCUUUUGUUUCAAUGGGUAGCUCUGACCUGUCUAUGCUCUUCAGCCAUCAGUAUCUCAUUUUCUGUAACUAGCUAUAGUACUUUGUAUCUCAAUAUGAAGGAAUGUUCAAUUGAUGGCUAAUGCUGUGUGAGAUCAAAGGGUCAAUUAGGACUUACUGAUACAUUAUUUAGAUAAUGUUUAGACAAUCCAGGUUUCCAAAUGAUCCUGGAAUCUCAAAAUCCAAAUCUUUGAUCUGAUUUCACACUAAGAUGUUGUCAUUGAGCUUAAUUCUUAAUUUGGCAGGUAAUGUGUUUUCUUCAUAAAAUGAGGUUAAUUGUUCUGCACUUGCA